GCCUCACCAGGAGGUUUGUCCCCGCCCGCUCGCCGUGCCGCGCGGCCCCAGUGGUAGGGGAAGAGCGCGCGGCUGAGAUGGGCGAGACCAUGUCAAAGAGACUGAAGUUCCAUCUGGGCGGGGAAGCAGAGAUGGAGGAGCGGGCGUUCACCAACCCCUUCCCGGACUACGAGGCCGCUGCCUCCGCGGUGUUCGCCGCCGGGGCGGCCGAGGAGACGGGCUGUACUCGCCCCCCACCCACUACCGACGAGCUUGGCCUCCCUUUUCACAACAACGGAAAGAUCAUUCAUAAUUUCACAAGGCGAAUCCAGACCAAAAUCAAAGAUCUUCUACAGCAAAUGGAGGAGGGGCUGAAGACAGCUGACCCACAUGAUUGCUCUGCUUAUACUGGUUGGACAGGCAUAGCCCUUUUGUACCUGCAGCUGUAUCGGGUCACGGGUGACCAGACCCACCUGCUCCGGUCCCUGGAUUACGUCAAGAGAACACUUCGGAACCUGAAUGGCCGCAGGGUCACUUUCCUCUGCGGAGACGCCGGACCCCUUGCUGUAGGAGCUGUGGUGUAUCACAGACUCAGAAGCGACUGUGAGUCCCAGGAAUGCAUCACAAAACUUUUGCAGCUCCAGAGAACCAUCGUGUGCCGAGAUUCAGAGCUUCCCGAUGAGCUGCUUUAUGGUCGGGCAGGUUAUCUGUAUGCCUUACUCUACCUGAACACGGAGAUUGGUCCAGGCACCGUGUGUGAGUCAGCCAUUAAAGAGGUAGUCAGCGCUCUCAUCGAGUCAGGCAAGACUCUGUCGAGGGAAGAAAGGAAGGCCGAGCGCUGCCCACUGCUCUACCAGUGGCACAGGAAGCAGUAUGUUGGAGCAGCUCACGGCAUGGCCGGGAUCUACUACAUGCUAAUGCAGCCAGCAGCAAAAGUGGACCAAGAAACCUUGACAGAAAUGGUGAAACCUAGUAUUGAUUAUGUGCGCCACAAAAGAUUCCGAUCUGGGAAUUAUCCGUCAUCAUUAAGCAAUGAAACAGAUCGCUUGGUCCACUGGUGCCAUGGUGCGCCCGGUGUCAUCCACAUGCUUAUGCAAGCUUACAAGGUCUUUAAGGAGGAGAAAUACCUGAAAGAUGCCAUGGAGUGUAGUGAUGUCAUUUGGCAGCGGGGUUUGCUUCGGAAGGGCUACGGGAUCUGCCACGGGACAGCCGGGAACGGCUAUUCGUUCCUGUCUCUGUACCAUCUCACGCAGGAUAAAAAGUAUCUCUACCGAGCCUGCAAAUUUGCAGAGUGGUGUCUAGAAUAUGGAGCACAUGGGUGCCGCAUCCCCGACAGACCCUACUCUCUCUUUGAAGGCAUGGCUGGCGCGAUUCACUUUCUCUCGGACAUCUUGGCACCGGAGACAUCCCAGUUUCCAGCAUUUGAACUUGCUCCUUCGCAGAGGAACAAAAAGAUGUAAAGAGACUACUAAGACACCUGUUUGGACCAAAAGCCAGGUUGCUUAGUGCCUGACACAGAACCAACUGUGAAUCCGGAAGAAGGCAAAAAAAAAAAAAAGAAGCAAACACCUUCACGGGCCCCCUUUGUUGCAAAGGCCCUCAAGUUAGAGCAUGAAUGACAGAAACCAUCCCGUCAGCGUUUUGUAACAGUGUUCCCCUCACUGGUGUGAAAUACGAAUUCUUCACCUCCAGCCCUCUGUAGCAUUUGCAUGUUCCUUGGUGUUCGUUGUCUAGAGGUGUAAGUUGUUCCAAACAGAAAGCCCUUCCCUUCCCAUGAGCCCGGAGCUGAGCGCACGCGAGGGCACGGCGGCAGCCACUUCUCUGUGUAUAAGAUUUAAGGGAGGUGUCUCCUGUGUUGACAGGGAAUAGUCAGGCGGUGUCUCUCUCAUAUACCAGAAAGCGUCUCUAAGGUGGUAUCCUCGUGAUACUUUGUCAGCACUCUCUGUGAGUACCUUUCGGACAAGCACGAGGGAAAGACCAUUCCAAAGACCAAAAAGAAAGAAGAUAAGAGGGG